GUCGGAUUGACCGAAAUGUCCCUGCGGUGGGUAGGAGGUUCAAUAAAAGAGGGCCGAGAAGAAGCGACUACAGAGCAGGAGAGGAAUGGGCGGGAGGGUUUUUCCAAGUUUCCGUAUUUCUUUGUGAAAACUCUUUCUUCCCUUCUCUCCUCUCCUCUCUUAAUGGAGGACCAAGCUGGACCGGCCGUCGCCACUGCUGUUGCGGUAUCUUUGUCUCCGUCGCCGCAGGAUCCCGACUCCACAACCGUUGAAUCCUCGAAUCUGGAAGUCGUGGACGUUCAUCCUCAGCCGUCUGAUGACGAUCUGGAGCACGAUCAAGAUAACGAUCACGGUGGCGAUGGAGACAAGUCUACUGCGACUGGUGAUCCAGCAGAUGAUCUCAAGCGUAAGAUUAUCAAGCAGGUGGAAUACUACUUUAGUGAUGAGAAUUUGCCAACUGACAAAUACCUGUUGAGUUUCAUUAAGAAGAAUAAAGAUGGUUUUGUUCCAAUUUCAGUUAUAGCUUCAUUCCGGAAAAUGAAAAAGCUCUCUCAAGAUUAUUUUUUGAUUACGGCUGCACUCAGGGAGUCUUCCCUCCUUGUUGUAAGUUCAGAUGCGAAGAAGGUGAAACGCAUUCAUCCUCUUCAUUUCAACGAGGCCAGAGAUCCUAAGUUUUGCACUGUUUUGGUAGAGAAUCUCCCAGAGGAUCAUUCAGUGGAGAGCAUUCAGAGAAUUUUUGGUGAAGUGGGAAAUAUAAAGAGUAUAAGCAUUCGUGACUUAAAUGUUUCAGAAGAUCAGAAAAAGAUGGUUAGUCGCAAGCUACAUGCACUCGUGGAGUAUGAAACUUUAGAGGCUGCUGAGAAAGCUGUGGCUACUCUGACUAAUGAAGAUGACUGGAGAAACGGCAUGCGUGUCAAGCUUUACAAGAUAAUGGGAAAAAAUGCCCACAGAAAACAAGCUUGGAGAGGAUCUGACUCUCAGAAAAACAGCACUGCUCAUGCUACUGGAGAUGAGGAGAAUCAUAACUUGAGCGAGCAUCAUGAUGAUUCACCUGAUGAAGAGGACAGAGAACAAUUACCCAAGGAGAAAAAUGGACAGAAAGGUCGAUAUCGAGGACGAUCGAAGAACAAAUAUCAUGGCACUAACGGGGCUGGUCAUGGGACUACACAUUACAGUCAUGCUGUUGAAGCCUCGAAGCCACCUCCAGGCCCAAGAAUGCCUGAUGGAACCAGGGGAUUCGCGUUGGGGAGAGGCCGACCUGUUGUAUCAAAUCAAAGUUAGCGGCAAUGUACAGCUGUGUUUAUAGAUUUAGUAAUGUGGGAGUUUAAGGUGGGUUACCGUAUUUAUUCUGCUACGGAAUCUCCAGUGGGUGGGUUUAGAUUUUGCGACGCUGUUAGCUUUCAUGGCUCCAGUCCAGCGUUCCAUGUGUAACAAGGAUUGCAGCAAUCACAACGAG